AACAAAAUCCACAUAGUGGGAAUUAUGUUUACUAUGAUUUUAUAUCAUUUAACUUCAUCAGCCUGCUGUUCUCGUAGCAACAUAAAUAUGUUUGAAUAUUAUCAGGAUUUGAGGAGUGUGAAUCUGCAUUCUGGACAUAUUAAGGAACAUUUUCUGCAAGGAGGCAUAAAAUGUUUGACCUAUUUUUCUUGUAUUAUUUGAACUUUGAAGUGAUGAAUAUAUUAAGAUUCCAGCAUGAAGUCCUAAUAUUAUAUCAGAUUCAGUUACUAACAGUUACAUCAGCUCUAGAAAGGCAGCCUUCAUGUUUGUUACAUGCUACACCUUCCAUCUUGUUUUUUAAAUGCAUAAUUGUUUUUAACUUGCUACUCGGAAACCUUAAACUUAUAUAUCCUAGUAAACUGCUAGAUGCUGAGUUCUCAUGAUCAGCCAACUUGGAACUUUCUGUACUGUUUAUUGUAAAUAGCAAUUAAUAUAUCUUGCUAUGAGAACUUAAACCUUAUCUCACUAGUCCUUGAACUAGUUACCCAGUCAAUUUUAAAAUUUUAGCAACACGGAAUGGAGGCUGGUUUAUUAGAGGAUCAUUUUACUGAAAGGGAAUAAAUCUCAUUUCAAGUUUUCAUUUAUAAGGCUAAGACAAAUUCUUAGUUUGUGCAGCUUGUAUAUUGUUAAGGUUUUCAUCUAAGGUCUAAUGUAAAUUCUAGCUUUAGGUUAAUGAUAGGAAAAGUGUUAUACUGUGGGCAAAGUCUCUCUUUUGCUUCCUUUAUUGCUAAUUGUUUGUUUUAGAUUAUGAUAGAGAGCCUAGGUAAGAGGAGUUCCAUAACAAUCCUUAAUUUAGUGCAGGUAGCAUUGAGAAGACUACUUGGCGAGGACAAAAGGGUGAAAUUUGUGGUUUUGAGGGCCUUGUUGAGACAGUGUGAAAGGUUCUUUCGGAUGGAUCCUCUGCCAGGACGCAAUGCACUGGUGCCAUCCCAUCCAGGAGAGAAAGCUGUGAAUUACCCUGCACGUCCAGUUGACACCACUACAGAUUUUGCAAGAACAACCAGCAUGCAACCUUCUCAACCGGUGUCAUCGGGAAAUGCUGUUCCUAGGAGUGUAGCAGCUGCAUCUGUGGUGGCUCCUAGGCAAGUUCCUCGACCAAUGCCUAUGGUUGGAAUGCAAAGGAUGCCAGGUGCAGCUAUGGCAGCUUUUAAUAUUGCAUCCCAAGCUGGCAUGGGUGGUGUAAAUCCCGGUAAUAUUCCUAUGCAAAGGGGUGCGGCAGCUCAGGCUCAACAACAGCAGUUAAGAAGGAAAGAUCCAGGAAUGGGAUUGCAAAAUACAGGGUAUCCUCGGCAGAAGAGGCGCUUUUGAUAAUCAAGCUGCAGGUAGGUGAUAUUUUCCCUACAGCUUCUCAGGGUUUUAGCUUUGGACAUAUUGGAAGUUCUGACAGUUAUGGAAUGGGCGUAUGCGAUGGAACACUCCUAUCAAAGUCUCUACUCUGUGAUAAAAAUGAGAUGAGCAAAAAAGAACCAGAGAUUCUUCCCUUCUGUAUAUAAUAUAGUUGAAAACUGCACUGUUGUAUCAACAUUGGUGUGCAAACUGUGUAACAUGGGGGUUGCCCAAAGUGCGUUUAUGACACUAGAAUUUACACGAGCAGGUAAGUGCUGUCGUUUUUGGAUUAUUGCUGCCUAGUGCCUACAGUUUUUCAUUUCAAGCAGUUUUGAGUUGCAGUCUUCUGUU